UGUAAAGAAAAAGCAGAGAGCAAUUUAACUAAAUUACAGCAAAAAGAAGUUAAUAGUAUAAUCCCUAGCGAAAACUCAAAAACUAAUGAGAUUGUAAAGGAAAAUUCCUAUAAAUUCCUUAAACUAGACAAGACAAUGAAAGAGGAUAUUGAGGCAGAAAUAAGUCCUACUACUUGA